UGUGUGCAAGCGUGCUGUUUCAUAACAGGUUUAUCUACUGUUGCGUAGUUAAACAAGAAAAAAAAUAAAAUCCACCCUGCACCUGUUGUUCUGGUUUCUCAGUGCAAGCCUGCGUUUUGGGCCUUUUUUUGCCCCUUUAACACUGAGCAAAUUUGUGUGCAAUUAAAUUGCGUCGAAGUUUGGACCUACAAACAACCCAAACACACAAUCACAAACAACGAGAUGGGCAACAAUGUGAGUGCCAAGGCCGAUGGCGAAGGCAGCGAACCUCCGCUGGAUGGUGGGAAACACCAUAAGCACCAUCAGCAACAUCACAAAUCCAGCAUACAUUCGCAAUCGUCGAACAGCAACAACAAUGGCAACGACGCUAUUGCCGUCAGCAGCAACAGCGCCAGCGGCAGCAGCAACAGUCUCAAAGUGCAGUCACAAACGCAAACAAUGACCAGAUCGGCGUCGGGCGCAGAUGUGACUGAGAAAUAUUUCACACAGUUGGUGCCCGUUGAGCGAUUGGCUGAAAUAUUAAAGGAACAGACGAGUGCUAAAUAUGGCAUUAAUGGCAUUGUCUCGGACAUUUUUGUGUCUCAAGUGUUUCCACAAUAUGCUGACUUGGGUAACCGUCUGUUCAAAUUGAUGCACGUGAACUCGAAGGCAACCACAAAGCACUUGGGCACCGUUGCGUUUCGCCAGCAAUGCGAACGAUUUCUGGGCAUCAUGGACGAUGGAAAGGUGCUGGAGAGCUACAUUAAGAUGUUUGCCGAAGACGAUAAUCCCGAUUUUAUAGAUAAGACGGGCGUCACACGCCUACUGCACAUCUGCUACACGAUUGCCAUGCAACACUCGGGGAACGCAGUGCUUUGUCCAUCUAUAAAUCGAACAUUUGGCUCGGUGACCAAGUCGAUAUUCUUUAGCCACGACAGCCUCACUUUGGGCUUCGUUUGCCGCUGGUUCGAACAGAAUCUGAUACGUCUUGUCCUGCUGGUGCACAAGUACUGUGUGCACACGUUGUCCACAGCAUAUCGCGGCCUGGAACAGCAGUCACAAUCCUGCGGCAUUGAGCUGCAAACGCCUGUGCUGGAGCAGCGCAAUCCAUUCGCAUCCAGUAGCGAUGCAGCGGAUCACAGUGCGCUCCCAAGUCACAUUGAAUCGCUGAUGCCACUCUCACAGGCCUGGCUUCUGGCUGGCGCCCUGCCGCCUCUGUAUUCGAAGCCGCAGACGAUUGCGCCGCCAAAUAGCAGCAGCAACAACAGCAGCGCCUCGACAGCCGUGCAGAUAUUCAGGGAGAAACUAUCGAUGAUGCCAUCACACUGGACACUUCUGUACGAUUCUAACGAGCAUGGCGUGGGUGCUAAUCGGUUUUUGCAUCAUGUUCUUGGCUACCGCGGUCCCACACUGGUGCUGCUGCACACCAAGGACGAGCAGACCUAUUGCAUUGCAGCGCCCAGCGAAUGGAAGGAGACACAUUUAUUUGUCGGCGCCGAGGGCAGCUGUGUCAUUCAGCUUUUGCCCAAAUUUGUGAUACUGGAGAAGAAGCCCAACAUUUUGUACCUUAAUACGAGCAUACGUGGCUAUCCAAAAGGAUUGCGAGCGGGCGUUGAUCCCCGAAAGCCCAUUUUAGCGGUAGAUGAACAUUUCGAGAAUGUAGACUGCAAGGGCAUCGCUGCGAGCCUCAUGUCCAUUGAGGUUUGGGGCUGCGGCGAUAAAUCGUCACGCGAAGUGCAAUUGGAUAUUAAGAAAUGGCAAAUCAAGGAAGCGGAACGUCAACGCACAGUCAAAUUAACCGCCGCGGAUUGGAUGGAUCAUCCGGAUCGUUAUCUUCUCGAGUUAGGCGGCAGGCAGAACUAUAACAACUAAUAAUUGCUGUUGUUUAAAUUGCGUGUUUCGAUUCGAAAGCAAUUAGCGUGUGCCUUUCAUUUGAGAACGCGAUGAAAAUACCUUAAAGAGAGAAUGUUCAUACUUAGAAGUCAUUCGUUCACGCGCAUCACGAUACGAAUUAACACUGGACUGAAUUUGUUUGUAUUUUGAUGUUAUAUUCGAUUAACGAAUUUUGUUUCAUGUUUUUUUCUUUCGUUUUUUUUUAACGGCUUAUUGGAAUGAUUUGAUUGAUAUUUGUACGUAUUGUUUGUAAUGCCAUUUUAAUUUAUAUUCGAUUAUGCUUUUGCCUGUACUUAAAACAUUUUGUCCUUGUCCACCAGUUCUGUGGUUUUUCUUUUUUACUAAUCGUCGUUCGCUGCUCUUGCAAUUAAUGUGUCAGGUAAUUUAAUUUUUCUUUAUAUUAUUGUUUCUAUUCUUUUUCAUCUGAGAAUGCAAGUAUUAAGUAAAAGACAUAAAAAUUAUGAAAAUAAUAAAACACAAUAAACAUAAUCAAAUGUUGCAAAUGAACGCUUUAAAUCUUUUUAUGGCUGGGCGCUGAUUUGCUAAAAGCAACUGGUUAAGUAAUUUAAUGUAGCUUAUCAGCAAAGCACUUCAAAACAUUUGUACGAAUGCAUAUACAAUGACUAAUGAUAUUUCUAUUUUAUCUGCUCAAAUGAGUGUGAUAAAAAAAAAGCGUCUCGCAAUUUUAUGGGUCGUUAACAAAAAUGAUAAAUAGACCAUGGAAAAUUUUCAGCUUGACCAAUCACAGCUAUGAAAAAGAUUCAAAAGCUAUAAUUUGGUUAUUUGCCAACAGGUUUAUCUAGUUUGUUGGAUAUGGCUCAAUCUCAAAAACUUUGGCCAUUAAAAUUGGCCCAGGACCGACAGUAAUCUCAAUAGAGUUUAGACUUGAUUUUUAAAAUAUUGUCAUGAAUAGUAGCGCAUAAUUAUGCAUAUAUAAAUUAUAGACUAAAUAAUCAUCGCAUUUUGAAAGAGUAUAAAUAAGUUUUCUCUACAAAUAUCUUUGAAGAAUAAAGGUAAAAGUAUAAAAAAUAAUACCGUAAUAUAAAUAAUAAAAAAACAAAUCUUGCUUUUUAUUUUUUCCUAUUAACAAGCAUACGUCCAAUCAUUCGUUAAAGUGCAUAUAAUAUAAAAAAGAAAAUUUAGAAAGUGUUGUGCAAUGUUUAAAAGAAAAUGUGUUUUAUAAAACAUCAACAUUAAAUUGCAAUUUCAAAUAAUAAAAACAGAAAAAAUACAUCAUUUAAAUAAUUGUUUGCAUAAUUAUAUUAUUGAGAAUAACAUUAGGUAAUAUACAAUAUAUGUUUUCAAUAUAAGUUACGCCCUUUUCUGACCGGCAGUCACAUCAUUCACAAUCUUUUGCUUUAAGGGUUUGUUUUAUAAAUUUAUCUACUAUGCAACAUGCGUGUUCGAUUACGAGUAUGGAGAACUGUUCAUAACUAGCCUAAAGAAUGUACAAUCUACUGACAGUCACAAAGCAAAUGUGUAUAACUAUUCUGCAUAUGGUUUUCCUAGAUUUUAUUAUUGCCUAUUUGAAUUUCAAGUUGAAAGUAUAAAACAUUUGGAGCCUAAUCUACAAAUGUGCGAAAAAAAAUUAACCGCUGCUCCUAUUUGCAUAUAAAUGCAUAUGUAAAUUGAAGAUUCGCUAGAAUUUCAUGAAUCUUGAUAUUUUCACUCCAAAACUAAGGCCACGUAAUUCAAAUGUACCCAAUUAGAUUGGGCUGGCAGAACAGUUUGCUGCAUUGUGAGUAUUCGUGUUAAAAGGAAUUAUUGUUUGCCAAUCAAAUGAAAUAAUUUGGUAAU